AGAAGACGCCCGCAGCAGGCGUUGUGUCUGUCCCCGGGACCCGCCGCUCGCCCUCUCCUGAAACUCGAGUUGCCAGAGAGGCAUCAUGGGCUUCGGGAAAUCCUCCCCCUUCCUGGCUUUCAGCAUCUUGGUCCUGUGCCAGGCAGGCAGUCUCCAGGCGACACCACUCAGGUCAGCUUUGGAGACCCUCCCUGAUCCUGGGGCACUCAGUGAGAAGGAAGGGCGCCUCCUGCUGGCCGCACUGGUGAAGGCCUAUGUCCAGAGGAAGACCAACGAGCUGGAGCAGGAGGAGGAGCAGGAGGAGACAGAGGACUCCAGCAUCACUACCCAGAAGAGGUCCUGCAACACCGCCACCUGUGUGACCCAUCGGCUGGCAGGCUUGCUCAGCAGAUCUGGGGGUGUGGUAAAGAGCAACUUUGUGCCCACCAACGUGGGCUCUGAAGCCUUUGGCCGGCGCCGCAGGGAACUUCAGGACUGAGCAGAGAAAUGACUCUGGGAAGAAGGUUACCAUGAAGCUAAACUCACCACUUCUGUUAAUUUCUGUUGACAACCACUUGGUGAGGAGGCACCAUGGAAGAUAUACAUGUUUGCAUCCUAAUAGAUAUUGAAAAAAAAGCACCUUUAUCACUUUAAAGGAAUGAAACUGAAUGCAAAAAUAAGCUAAUUCCAUAUUUGUUGUGCAUCUUUUUUAUAUUUGAUUCUAUAUGCAGUAAAUGUGAUGGCAUCUCUCAUUAGCUUAUCUGGUAGCAAAUUGGGUCUUUGAAAGAUGUUCUGUUGACAUGGCAUCUCUGCCAACUCUUAGGGGGACAUUCAGUCACUGCCUCUGUGGCCGGUAGGGACACAUGGUAAUGCUGAUGCUAUGCUUUAUUGUCCAAGAACAUGAUUGUAUAAUUUGUUUAAGGAAGUGUCAA